AUAGCAACGAUUAAACAAAGAUGGCGGCCUCGGCUGUUGCGUUCUGGCAUACUUCAAGCCUCUUCAGUUUAUUUCUCUUGUUUCCUGUCGUCACUGCCAACGAAAAUACAACGAGCUACAACUUCAAUACGACUGUGUUUGGGGAGCAGAACGUCACAUUUAACUUUACGGACAAUUAUACAACUACACCGCCCACAGAGUUUGACUCAACGACCCCAACACCGAGCUCCAGCAGCACAGACGAGCCCGUUCAACCGACCCUGCCCACCGAGCCCCUGCCCGUCUCCGGCCGCCUGCUCACUCCUGUCACCAGCGUUGACAGGUUGUGUCCCUGUGACGAGCACAAGGAUGUGUGUGACAUCAACUGCUGCUGCGACAGAGAGUGUAAUGAGGAGGUGGCUCUGUUCACCGGCUGCUCAGUGGACGCUGUCAGCAGUGGCAACAAGCAGCUGUGCAGCCGAGAUGUAGCGUCCUACGCUUUAAGGACUACAAUAGAUGGAUACUCUGAGCUACAGUCAUCUAUCCAGAAAGAGACCAAUUAUGAUAUCCUCUGCAUUCAGACACAGAACCGUGUUGAUGGAUUUUCUCACCCCUCGCCUGCUCUUCCAACUGACAGCAACUUUGACUCGCUCUUUAAACAAUUUACCAGCUUUCUUUUUGGCUCAGAGGAGAACAGUGGUCAGGCGUCCACUGCAGAGCUCCAGGCCUCGUCUGGAUACCAGUAUGGGGAUGUGAUGGUGACAGCGGGAGUGAGUGGACAGAGAGGGAUGUUCUGGCUGCCGGCUCCUAGUGUCACUGCUGACUGCAUGGACAGCAGUCCUGCAGCGUUCCUAAAGGAUCAGAGCAGUCGGUGUUCCCGGAAUGUGGUUCUGGAGCAGGACUGCAGCACUCUGCUGGCCCUCAGCAUGGGCACAUACACCAGCAUCCAGCUCUUCGCUGGGAAGAAUAAAGAUGCAGCUGUUGUCCCUGUGGAGGUAGCUUCAGUCGUCCUGCAGUCUGUAGAUGGAACUCAGACGGAGCUACAGAUCAGUGGAGGAGAAAACCUCAGCCCCGCUCUGCUGAACCCGACCCUCUGUGCUAAUGUGGUGCUGAAGGUUGCCUAUGUGAUUAAGUACAACCCAGCUGGUGAGAUAGUAAAUGUGGCGGUGUCCCUGGUGCUGGGAUUUUUCAGUGAAGCUGCGCUGCCCCUGGAACAGGAGUUCCAUAUCACAUUCAUCCAGGAGAAUGUGGGGGAGGUGGCUAUCCACUACAGUGGAAAUCCAGGUUACGUGGUUGGGCUACCCCUUGUGUCUGCAUCAAGAACAGCAGAUGGGAUUGUUAGAAGCAUCGACCCCAGAGACACUCUGUCUCUUCUCCACAGUGCUGAGGACCAGGACUGUCUGCAAGGACCACAACAGCGCUCACCUGUCCUAUUCGGUCUGGACUCUGUGUCCGGCUGCACGUUAAGACUGGAAGAUGCUGCCAACUGCUCUCUGGUCUUUCAAGUGCUUUUGGACGUACUGCGAGGACCAAACUACCCGCAGUACGUGGCUUCCUUUGGAAACUCCCCAUUAGACUAUCCAUUGGACUGGGUGCCAAUCAAGAACGACUUCAGUCCCGGGGAGAGUUGCAGCAUCCCGUUGUCACUUCAUUUAGAAAUUGAGUGGACAAAAUAUGGAUCCCUGGUGAACCCCCAAGCUCAGAUUGUGAGCAUCAAAGAAGUGAUCCAAACCAACACCACCAGUUUGGAAAUGUUAACCGGAGGCAGCAGUGUCCUGUCAAUCAGCAGCUCAGUGGCCUUCAUACCAGUUUCUGCUGCUGCCCUUCCUGGGUACAGAGCCAUGCCCACCAUCGACGCCAAACUACCCUUUGACUUCUUCUUCCCUUUUGUCUGAACACUGUGGGUUCCACUCACCAGUGUACGCUAACAUUUACCAAACACACUGGUGCAUGCCAUUUCUGACAGCAAGCACUGUGUGUUACUGUACAUUGUGUGAAUACUGUAUAUUGGAUUUUUAUAAGAAGACUACAAAUGUUUUUUAAUAAACAAAAUCACUUCAUUUA